AACAAACAUCCCGUUAUAAAGGCGAAAACUUCGUUUUCCUCACCUUCGUACAACAAUGUGCUCCCGGAGAACGUAUUGCAUCGUCUGACCCACCUGCAGCCAGCAUCUUUGGGACACCAUAGCCUGUCGCACCGCUGCUUGCACCACUUUGUCCUAUUUCAAGGAACAAGACCACAUCACAAGAUCUUUUCAUCCAUAAACAUUUUCGAUUCCCGUGUAUCUACUUGACACACCACCGUUAACCCAACUCUCCAACAUCGAUUUUGAUGUACUUACAAUGGCAGACCAGAAUUCUCCACAUUCUGAAGGAAUGCAUACAAAGAAUAUGGGUGAGGAAGACCAAAUGUCAUGUGACAGAUUGAAGGCUCAAGGUCAGUUACCGAAUUCAUCAGGGAAGUCUAUUACUGAAGAGAAAAAAGUAAAUGAUGCAGAUCCUACUCCAAAAACUACUAAAACAGACAAAGAUGAAAAUGUUGAAGAGAUGACUGAAAAGAAGAAUGAAAUACAAAAGAUGUCAGAAAUUCACAGUGAUGCAAAUGGAACCUCUGAUCUCAAGGAAAAUGUGGAAGAAAAAAUAUCUCUUGAACCCUCCAGCAAAGAUGGAGAAACUGGUAAUGACUAUGAGCUAAUUGGUGGCCAGUAUUAUUAUUCUGACAAAUUAUCUGGAAAGCGGUACAGAUAUGACAAAAAUGUUGAGGAAUGGAUUGAGGUGACUGUGGAUAAGGAAACUGGAAAUGACUCUGAACAAGCUGAUGAACAUAAAGAUGAAUACACAACAACUGACAGUGAAGGAAGAACUUACUACUAUGCUGAUGACCAGUAUUUGUGUCAAGAUUGUGAAGGGAAUGUAUUUUACUUAAAUGAAAAAAAUGAGUGGAAGCCUUGGGCUGAAAAAAACAAUGUGCUAUCUUCUGAGUCUUCCAAGUGGUACUUUUGUCAGGGAGACUCAACAUUCUAUAGGGAUAAUGUGUCAGGAGUUGUGUAUAGAUUAGACAAAGAAAACAACAAGUGGGAGAAAUAUGAAGGGAAAUUGAAAAAGAAAAGACCGUUGAUUGAUGAGGAAGAGUUUGACACUGAUGAGGAUGACUCAGAUGGGGAAUCUGGAGGUGGUCUUAUACCUCCAGGUGCUAAGGAGGAUCCCAAUAUCAGCUAUGAUGGUACAACGUACACUAAAGUGGACCCAAUUGAUAAGGUAGUUUAUGAAUGGGACACUGAAAGACGAGCAUGGUUCCCUAAGCUUGAUGAAGAUUUCAUGGCAACUUACCAGCUGAGUUAUGGAUUCAAUCCUGAUGGAACAGUAAAUGAGAAUCCACUAAAAUUUGAUGAUGAGAAUGAAGAAGAGGAAGAAGCAAAAGCAGCAGAGGAGCUGAAAAAGAAACUAGAGAAUGAAAACGCAAAAGCUACAAAGAAAAAGCCAACUUGGUUCCAAAUGGAUGAGAGUCGUAAUACUAAAGUAUAUGUUAGCAACCUACCAGACUCCAUGACUGAGAAUUCAUUUGUUACGCUGAUGCAGAAAUGUGGCAUGGUCAUGCUUGAUGAAAAAACUUUAAGACCCAAAGUAAAACUAUACAAAGAUGAAGAAGGCAACUUCAAAGGAGAUGCCCUGUGUACUUAUAUUAAGGUGGAAUCAGUGAAACUGGCAGAGCAGAUUUUAGAUGGUUAUCAAGUUGGGAAUAUGAAGAUACAUGUGGAGCAGGCCAAAUUCCAACAGAAAGGUGAAUAUAACCCCAAACUCAAGCCUCGCAAGAAAGGAAAGAAAGAGCUUGAAAAGCUAAAGAAAAAGCAAGAAAAGUUAUUUGAUUGGCGACCAGAGCCUAUGAGGGGACAGAGGAAGAAAUGGGAGAAUACAAUUGUGAUCCGUAAUGUGUUUGAUCCAAAGGAGUUUGAAGUUGCCAUGGACAAAAUCCUAGACCAUAAAGAAGCCAUGAGGAGCCAGGCUUCAAACUUUGGCAAAAUAAAGAAGUUGGAACUAUUUGAUCUGCAUCCUGAAGGCGUGGUUCAAGUCACAUUUGAAGAAGUAGAAAGUGCAGAUAUGUGUGUGGCUACUCUUCAUAAGCGGAUGUAUGCAGGGCGUACACUGUAUGUCACUACCUGGGAUGGUAAAGAGAAGUUCAAGAUUGAGGAGACUGCUGCUGAACGGGAAGAGAGAAUUAAGAAGUGGAAUGAGUUCCUGGAAACAGAAGCAACAAGUAGCAAGUAAUAUUUGGGAGUGGAAUCUGUAACAUUGCAGUAUACUCUGUUUCACAUAAACUGGCAAGCCUUGCUCCUCUUACAGGGAUGAGAAGAAAGGCUUAGCUAUUCAGUGGCAGGUGAUUGGAUGACAAAACUCAAGAAAGGUUGGUCAGAAGGGCAAUAAAUAAUUUGACUGUA